GAGCAGGCCCCGUAAACUAAGCUAACAAUUCAACUAAAAUGCCAGCCAGAUAAUAAAACUCAAAUCGAUUGAAGAAGUGGAAGCAUUGGCCUCUCGGAAAGAUGGAAAAUGGAAAUACAAAACAACAACAAGAAAUGCGAACACGAGGCUAGGAGUUGGGUGAAAGACUUGCAGCCGGGCAGGGCAUUCAAACGACCACCCACACAUCUAGGAGUUGGAGUUCGGAAUCGGAAUGGGAGCCUGGAGAUGGAGUUGGGAGCUUGGAGUUGGAUGCAGAGCAUCCUCGCCGCCUGCGCAGUGUCAAAUAGGCAACAAAAACAAAGGCGUAGGCCUCCUCCUCCUCCUCCUCCUCAGGACCAACCGACAGAUGCAGUUGAGCCGACGCGACUCGAGAUGGAGGCAUAUUCCAGCGAAUAAAUAUUAUCAUAUGGAAAUUUUCGCUGCUCUGUGGAGCAAUUACGAAUGCAGCCAAACGCUGUGGCAAGUGACCUGGGAGACGUCAAUCCCAGGCACAGGAAAUCGAAGUCGCAACUCGACGGUUUUGACGAUGAUGUAGCACCGCCAGCUUUUAUGCACUGCACACCAUGGGCUUAGCUCCAGGCCUCCUCCUGCUCUUUACCUUCUCCACUAAGCCACCAUUUCGACCAUGUUCAUAGAGAUCACACAGCGUGUCGCAGUCGUAGAAAGUUUGAAUGGAAGACGGGGGACUGUGGAAAGAAGCUAUAGUGAACUAAA